CGCUUGGUUUCGAAACGGACAGAUCCUAGCAUAUCGAGUAAUAGGCUUGUUUGUUUACACCACUGCUGUGUAAGAUUCAGGUGUUAAUAGUUGAUGGCCUUCCACUAUUUUCAAUUUCGACACGCCCUGUAGUUAAGUUUACUGUCAUCUACGAUAAAGAAAUUUAAUGGCUGUUGCGAUGGCUGUCAACAAGACGCCAAUGCCAGAAAGAAUGGCAUCGAAAUCUGUUUCUAAUUCGCGAAAAAGUAUAUCGCUUUUCAACAGCCCAAAAGUCCGAAGAUCAAUGGGAAUCAAUAUGUCUCCAGUUGUUGUGCUAGAACCAUUACAAGGAGAAAUUGCUGCUGGACUUCAAUUUGACCUAUCAAAAACUGCAGCGAAUAAUGAUGAAAAAGAGUUACGAGAGAGGCAAAAACAGAGGGCAGCUGAACUCCAACAACAAAAUUUGGCCUCACCUGCUACACCUGCUGAUCGAAGGAAAUCUAUGGGACCUGCUACCGGCAUGACUAAUGCAGCCUUAGUUGAACAUUAUUCCAACUGUAUUAAACUUUCUGCAGAAAAUAAAAUUAACAUGAAAAAUGCCUUUAACUUACAACUCAUUGACUGCAUGUCUGAGAUGUUGAGGAAAAAGGAUCCAGAGAUGAACAACUUUCAGGCUGCAAGCUGCACUUUGGAUGCCAGUACCAAAAUCUAUGCUUACAGGGUCGAUUGUGUUCAUAUUGAUACAAUAAAAAUGGCAGGAGGAUUAGGAAGAACUGGUAGUGAAGGUCAAGAACAAGAAGGGAAUGCACAGAUGGCAGAAGGCCAGCAGGAUGAUGCAACUAAAGCAAAGAAAAAAACUAAAAAAAAGAACAAGAAAACUAUUGAAACGAACGUUGAUCAUAUCAACAUGUCAAAAUUUGAUCUUGAGUAUGAUGUCGAUCCGUUGUUCAAAAAGAAUUCCGCUAGAUUCGACGAAGGCCGUAACGGAGGCGUAAAUUUUCUUACUUCAUUGAUCUUGAAGGACGAUGGAUGUCAGUUAAUUAUGGAUUCUGAUUCGUUGUGCAAUUCCGUAUCUCAUGCCGUAGAACAAACACAAAUCAUCUGUCCUACUGUUCAUGGAUUGGAUUCGGCUGAAAUUUGCCCUACUCUGAAAGGAUUUAGUUUCACUAGUUGGGAUCCAACCAACGACGAUCUCAUGGGUGUUCUUCAAAGUCCUACAAAACGGAAACAUGAAGAAUAUCAAGCUCCGUCGUUACCUGCCGCCAGUGAAGAUCACGCUUUUGAUAUGGAUGCCGUUCCGGACACGUUCGGUGGUAAUGAUUCUGAAAAUGAAAUCCAUAUUGGAAUGGAAGAUAUUGAUGAAGAAGAAGGUAUGGAUCGUCAUCGGAAUGGCGGGGGUCAAUUGAACCCCGUACCGAUCCUUGCCCGCAACGGCAAGGAACUAGGAAUCAUUGAACUGAAAGAUCAGUUAAAUCGACAAGAUUACUCCUACUUUAGCACUGCCGUUCGCUCAGCAUGGGCAGGGCCGCUUCAUUGGCGACUUAACAAACAGGGGCAGAAAGUUGACCCUAAUCGAGAAGUAAAAAAGAAAAGACGAAAGGACGCAUUCGUCCUAAAUUUCGAAGAAAUUCCAAAUUUUGGCAACGAUUUCAAUCCUGCUAGAAAUACUUCAAAGCUGACCAGUGCUACAUUGUUGCAAUGGCUACCGGAGAAGAUAACCCUUCCAGAAGACUUACAUUAUGGUCUGAAGGAAUUCACACAAUCCUUCACACGACCCAUGUUAUCGGUGAGGGCGAGCAAGAACACUGGGCCUUCGCAUGACUUAGAGGACGUCCUUUCGCCAUACGACUACUCAAAUAAAAGAGACGCUAAUAAUUUCUGUCCUGUUGCUAACGCUGACUCAGACAAUGAUGACCAUCAUGAUCCUGGCAUGACGUUUGACGAUCACACGAUGGAUUUUGUUACCCAGAGUGAUGGGACAAAGACUUUUGGUCAAUUUUCUGGUGAUAAUCUAAUUGCUGCUCCCAACAUGGUUGCUAAAAUUCAGAUCAAUUACGCCAAAGUUGCCAAAAAGAUGGACAUGAGGCGUUUAAAAUCGACAAUGUGGAAUAUGCUGAAUCAGCCAAACGCAAAUACUACGAAGCAAGCUGAAGUAGGAAACCCAAAACCAUUUUCUGAGACGUAUCAUCGAAUCCCGAGUUUACUGCCUCAGAAAAUGGCUGACAACUUGAGUGUAGCCUUGGCCUUUGCAGCCCUGCUUCAUCUGGCGAACGAAAACACUCUUCGCCUUGAGCAGACCUACGGGAACUUGGAUGACUUUGUCAUCGUUCAUCCCAAUUAAACACAAUUUGGAUUCAUGACGCCGUAACCCUUUUACUCGUGUACACUUUGCAACAAGAGAACCCCCUUUUUUAAAAAUUCUUUUCACAAUAUUUCUGGUGCGCUCAUUAUACUUUGUUUUAUGUUGCCUGGUAAAGAAAAAUGCGUCUUUAUUUACAAAUUUAAACCGGUGAAUGAAACAACUUUUUUUUUGCGGUUUGAUCAACGAGGCAUGUAUUGGGUUAAGAUGAGACGAACAUGGAACAAUCGGACAAACUUAGAAAACUGCAACCCAUUAUAGUUCGGGUUCCACCAAGGCAACACACUGUUGUUUUUUGGACAUCACUACAACACGCACGCUGUAUACUUACUUUUUUGUAAUGAAACGGUACUUGAAUAAUAAGAAUUACCAGAAAAUAGAAAAAAAGAAAAACGAACAAACAAACAAACAAACAAACAAAACAUAUUCCAAUAUGUAAAAACUUCUCUCGAGCUCUCGAGAGGGACAGGAGCGAAACAUUAGACAAAAAAGAAUUGACAAACAAAGAUGGGAUGAAGAGGAGGAAAACGAUCAAUUCAGUAACACACACAAGAAAAGAACCGAAAACAAUGUGGCGAGCAAGAAGGAUUUACAAUUGUUUGUUUAAUAGACAAGUGUACGAAAAGAAAGAGAAGAGAGAGCAGUGUGUGUUUUGUAGAGGAUACUGCACUGACCCUCUCUCAUGAUAAGAGGGAUUAUUAGCUGAACGGUUGAGGAACGAAACAGUUACAACACACACAAGAUUAUUUGAAGAAAAGUAGAGAGAAGAGGAUGGAUGAGACACCACGGCAAAAUUCGAAAUAAUUACAUCAUCUCAGAGUGGGUGAGAAUCCAUCGAGGAAGAAGAAAAUAAAUUCAACGCGUGAUUCAUUAGGCCAGUGGUAGGUAGGGUUAUUUUUUUUUUUUUUAAUUUGUGUAACAAUAAUAUUAUAGACAACAUUUGCACUCGACGUUUUUUUUUUGUGGUGGAGGAGAAGAGAAACGAUGGCAAUAAAAAAAAAAUGAGUGAUAGUAAAGAGGGACUCGGGGUAGGAGGUAUAUGUAUAGCAAGCGAACCAAUAUGUGUACCCGAUUUUGUCUAUUUUGAAACAUGGGGUGGAUUGUACGGAAUUUAAAAUAACUUGAUUCGCUGGAACCAACGGAAAGAAGAAGAAAAAAAUCCCUCCCCCCCAAAAAAAUUGGAU